GGCGGGGAUAGGUCUGGGGGUGGGGCUUCCGGAGGAGGCUGGGGCUGCUCCAGGACCCCGCAGAGGAAAGUGGGGUCCACGCGAUGGAGGAGACCGGGCUGAGCAGCCUCAGCAGCCCCAAUAGCAUUAGCCAGAGCCCGGUUCCUGGCCCAAGCGGGGACAGCCACAAGGCCUUCCCCAAACUGCAGAAUGACACCUUCCUGCGGGCAGCCUGGGGGGAGGCCACCGACUACACGCCAGUGUGGUGCAUGCGGCAGGCAGGCCGCUACCUGCAAGAGUUCUUGGCUACCCGGGCUGGCCAGGACUUCUUCGUCACGUGCCGCUCCCCUGAGACCUGCUGUGAGCUGACCCUGCAGCCACUCCGACGCUUCCCCUUGGAUGCUGCCAUCAUCUUCUCUGACAUCUUAGUGGUGCCCCAGGCACUGGGCAUGCAGGUGGCCAUGGUGCCCGGCAAAGGGCCCACCUUCUCAUCGCCCCUUCGGGAGGAGCAGGACCUGGACCGCCUCCAGACCUCCGUGGAUGUGGGCAAGGAGCUGGGCUACGUGUUCCAGGCCAUCACGCUGACCCGCCACCAGCUGGCGGGGCGGGUACCCCUCAUUGGCUUCUCGGGGGCACCCUGGACUCUCAUGUCCUACAUGGUGGAGGGGGGCGGCUCAAACACCAUGGCCCAGGCCAAGAGGUGGCUCUACCAGUGGCCCAAGGCCAGUCACCGCCUGUUGGGCCUCCUGACCGACGUCCUCGUCCCCUACCUCGUGGGCCAGGUGGCAGCGGGGGCCCAGGCCCUGCAGGUGUUUGAGUCUCAUGCUGGGCACCUGGGCCCCGAGCUCUUCUCAGAGUUUGCGCUGCCCUACAUCCGUGAAGUGGCCAAGAGGGUCAAGGCUGGGCUUCGGGAGGCAGGCCUGGAGCCGGUGCCCUUGAUCAUCUUUGCGAAGGAUGGACACUACGCCCUGGAGGAACUAGCCCAGUCUGGGUAUGAAGUGGUUGGAAUUGACUGGAAGGUCAACCCUGCCCUGGCCCGGGAACGUGUGGGAGAGUCGGUGACCCUCCAGGGCAAUCUGGACCCCUGUGCGCUCUAUGCCUCCAAGGACAAGAUUGGAGAGUUGGUGGAGCAGAUGCUGGCUGCUUUUGGGCCCAGGCGGCACAUCGCCAACCUUGGCCAUGGGAUCUACCCGGACAUGGACCCUGCCCACAUCGGGGCCUUUGUGGAGGCUGUGCACUUACACUCCCGCCGGCUACGGAACAACUGAACCUCACCCCUCUCCCGCCUGCCCCAGGCUGGUCUCAGGUGCCCCCCACCCCCGACAGGAGAAUGUCUGUGAGAAAGUCUAUUUUUAAGAGAAUAAAGAGCCUAUAGGGACA